AUGGGUGAAACGGGCGCAGAAGACUACAAAAUAGACGAUGGGCCCCAAAACGUGCUGGACGCGUUUCACGAGAACGAUAAACUGCGAGUGUUGAAGUUAAUCGAUGAUCUGCACGACACAUCCGUCACGCCGGCUGAUUUCGAGCAUGUUUAUGAAGAAUAUGCCGAGAUACUGGCCAAAUACCAGGAACAACCGCAUCUGCUGGACCGCAGCCUCGAAGAGGUGGUCAAUAAAAUCAUACCGUUCCUACAGGAUAACCGUAGCAUCGAUGCGCCGGUGAAGCACCGGGCCGCAAAAUAUUUGUAUCAGAUCUGCAAGGUCCGUACGUUUAAGGCGUUCGUGAAGAACCUACCACACGAGGUGCGUCAUCUGCCGUUUGUGUUGAGCCUCGUUGAGCAACAGGAUCUCGAAGAUUGGCAACAUUGGGAAACACGGUACAUGGGUCUCCUAUGGCUCUCGCUGCUAGUUCUGAACCCGUUCGACUUGAGCCGCCUGGAUACGUCCGAGCAGACGUACGGUUCUACGACGAUGCAGCGCAUCUACGAAGUUUGUAAAGUGAACUGCCUGAAGGAGGACAGCUGCACACCGGUGGCAGGGUUCCUGGUAGCCCGUUUUGUGAUCCGCAACGAUGUGAAGCAUGUCUGUUUGGCUCCGUUCUUCGACUGGGCCACAGAUGUUAACGCGGACUAUCGGGUCGAUGCGAAAAUUGGUCCCCUUACAGCUGUUGCCAGCGUAUUGAAGCACGGCAAGCGAGAAGAUUUGUUACCGUAUGUUGACCGUUUAGGUCGCUGGGUGCUGCAGCUGGACUACGACACGAUAGCGGGAAACUUCAAGCUCCUUAAAACGUGCAUCAAAAUUUGCCAACGAAUUGGGCUUGUGUUGCUCCCUCCGAAGGUGGCCAAAUGGCGCUAUCAACGCGGUGCCCGUUCGUUGCUUGCGAACGUGCAGAAGACAGUUACAUUGGCGUCGCUGCGGGAAGCCCAGCAAACCGAAGCACUACCGGAGUGCAGCGAGGAAGAAAAUGAUCCCGACGACGAGGAAAUCCCAGCCGUGCUGGAAGAAAUCAUCGAGCGCCUGCUGCUUGGGUUGAAAGGGAACUCUACUAUUGUGCGGUGGUCGUCGGCCAAGGGCAUCGGCAGAAUAACCAACCGCUUGCCUAAGCUACUGGGCGACGAGGUAGUCUCGUCCGUGAUCGAGCUGCUGAACCCACUGGAGCAGGACGACGCUUGGCACGGUGCCUGUUUGGCGCUGGCUGAGCUAGCCAAACGGGGCCUAUUGCUUCCUUCGCGACUGUCGGAAAUCGUGCCACUCUUACUGCAAGCCCUGGUGUACGAUGAGAUCCAGGGUUACCGCAACGUAGGACAGAAUAUUCGCGAUGCGGCCUGCUAUAUGUGCUGGGCAUUUGCCCGAGCCUACCAUCCAUCGGUGUUGCAACCAUUCGUCGAGCGGAUUGCUGCCGCACUGCUGGUAACGACCGUUUUCGAUCGUGAAAUCAACUGCCGACGGGCCGCUUCGGCUGCCUUUCAGGAGAGCGUGGGUCGGCUAGGGAACUUUCCUCACGGUAUCGACAUUCUCACGACGGCCGACUUCUUUUCCGUAGCCGUACGCAGCAACGCAUUUCUGAACAUCAGCGAGUCAAUUGCACAGUUCGAUGAGUACAAGUGCACCCUUAUUGACCAUCUGAUCUCCCGCAAAAUCAACCACUGGGACACCAACAUCCGCGAGCUGGCUGCUCAGGCGCUGAGUAAUCUAACAAAGCACGCCCCAAGCUACAUAAAUAAUGUCAUAGUGCCGCAAUUAUUUGAGCUGGCAGAAUCUACGGAACUGAAUACCCGACACGGUGCGGUACUAGCCCUGGGAGAAGUGAUCAACGCUUUACGGAAGCUAGCAACCGUUCCGUCGGCCGAUUUCGAGGCAGAUUUUGAUCGUUUUGGGAAUCUAGCAGGACAACUUAUUGGAAAGUACCGACAGCGUGGGCAGUUUAAGGGCAUGAGUGGAACCUACAUGAAGCACAGUUGUGCCGCGUUCAUUCGCAACUGUAGUGAAGCGAACCUGCCGCUGACUAACGUGGAAUAUAUCGAAUCGUGGCAGCUGUUGCUGGACGAAAGCAUCAUUGAUGAAAAAUCGACAACACGGGAGCAAGCAACGGUGGCGUUCUCAUCAUUUUGUGCCACCUAUUACCAAACAGAACCAAUCGACCGCUUAGGGGCCUUGAUCGAUAACUAUAUUCACGAACUACACGUCACGCAGAUCGAGCACAAAGCGCAAGGCAUCGUAUCGGCGCUAGGUGCACUGCCAUCGUUCAUGCUACGUCUUCGCUUGACUGAGAUCGUGCAGAUAAUGGACCUGAAAACGGUGGUGCCGCAGCCGGGUGCUGUGGGCUACAAUUACUCCGAGAUGCGCCGUGAUUGCAUCAGGGCAUUGAUGCGUAUUGUUGAAACAGUUGGCUUCGGGAGUCAGGCCGAUGGGCUGCUGUGCGAAUCAGUGUUCCGUUGCUACAUCCGUGCUCUUGAAGAAUACGCCCUGGACAACCGUGGAGAUAUUGGUUCGUGGGUACGAGAGGCCAGCAUCCACGCGUUGUACGCAUUCCUUACCAGUUGCCCGGACCAAUUGCUGACAAAGGUGCACGUACAGCAAGCAUUGGUAGCGAUCGCAAAGCAGGCGGUGGAACGUAUUGAUAAAAUCCGCGCCGUUGCCGGGAAAGUGUACACGGCACUGAUCCAUCGUGAGCCACCGAUUCCUCACAUAGAAGAGCAUGAACGUUUGCAGCAAAUGUUUCCCAGGGACAACACGGAUAUACUAUGGCUAUUUCCGCAUCACACAUUCCCCCUCUUCAUCGAGCUACUCGGUGUUUCACCGUACAUUGAGCAGGUGUCUUCCGGGCUGAUACUAAGUGUCGGUGCACCCACCGAAUCGCUGCAUACAUGUGCAUCGAAAACUUUGAACGAGUAUUUGAAAAAUCAUCAACCGUUUAUCUUAACUUUUGGUUCAGUUGUGCUUAAAAUAUUGACGGAGAAAACCGUCGCAGAUCCCCUGUUUAUUACUUCUACGUUCCAGUUUCUGACCGGACUGCUUAGCUCUUCGGCAAAUGCGAAGGUGCUAUUGAUGGAGGAUAGUGGUGCCGAAUUUGCUGAGUCUAUUUUCAAACUAAUUAACAGUCUAACUGCACACACGAAGAAACACAUAGACUCAAUUCCCGUGUACUGCGCCCUCAUGCUAGCGCCAAGGCUUUGCAAUCGUGUCCUUAGCAAGCUUGUCGUGUAUCUUGGCAUGGUUUGCGUUAACGUACGACGGGAGACGGCUCUCAAAAUGUACGAAACACUACUUGUGUUCGGUGAUCAGACGUGCAUUCCGGAGGAAAAUCUUGACGAAGUGCUUGUCUGUCUCAGCGAAGAGAAAUGGGAUGGUGAGCUGGACGAAGCUCGUCAGAUUCGCAAUAGACUGUGUUUGCUUAUGGGCGUUAAGCCACCCGUAACUAAAGUUAAAAAAUAGAACUACAUUUCAUACCAACCGUACGUUGCUUGUUCAAAAUACGUUCUGCUCUAGCCUCUAGGUACUGUUCUGUUGGUUGAAUAAUUGCUUAUAACGUAAUAUCAAAUCAUACUCGUGAUGUUCAUGUUAUGAGUCGUACCGCAACUUUGUUUUCAGCAUCAUCCACAGCAACUCGCAGCAGUGUGAUAAUUAAACAAAAAUUGUGAUGGAAAUAUAUUAAAGAACCCAAAACCUUUCUAGCGAGAGAAUGAGGAUGCGUUCCAUGACCGUUAUCGUUUCAAUGUGUGGAUACUACACGCUUUAAAAGCUUUCCGCAAUCAACACAGUUUCACAAACCUUACGCUCUGUUUCAAUUUUUUUUUAAAUGGCCCACUUUUUGUUGGGUUCAGUUUUUGCUUCUUUAUUUGCUGCCCGGGAACUCCGGAACCAAAGUACAUUGAAAUGAAAUUUACGACCUAGCUACUAUGAAAU